CUUUGCUUGUCAGAGUCGGUUAUGAUUUCGUGUUGUUAGGUUUGCAGAGAGCUGAAACGAGUCGACAAAGAUGAAGACCGAGUCGAAUUCGAGUCCAAAAGCGCCGUUAUUGGUCGUUCAUGAGAGAAAACAAAGUGGCACACUGAGUCGAAACAAAUCGGUGCGAACACUCAGAGACGAGUUUUUCUCCAGAUUGCCUGAUAAGGUUCGAUCUGGUGUGGAUGUUGAGUCUCCCUUUCACGUUGAUAUCUCUAAAACCAAAGGAUUGACCAAAGAUGAGAAGGAAUACUACGAAAGACAAUUUGCUACAUUAAAAUCGUUUGAGGAAGUUGAUUCUCUGGAUUUAGAUGACACCAUCGAUGAGGAAGACGAUGAAGAACAGCUGCAAGCUGAAAGGGCCAUGAAAAUCUCUAAUUAUGCAAAUAUUUUACUCUUGGCAUUCAAGAUCUAUGCUACAGUAAAGAGUGGAUCAUUAGCCAUUGCUGCAUCAACCUUAGAUUCUUUACUUGAUCUCAUGGCUGGUGGCAUACUCUGGUUCACUCACCUUGCUAUGAAAAACAUAAAUAUCUACAAAUAUCCUAUUGGAAAAUUGAGGGUGCAGCCCGUGGGCAUAAUCAUCUUUGCUGCUGUCAUGGCUACCCUUGGCUUUCAAAUAUUGGUCCAGGCUGUUGAAGAACUAAUUAAAGAUGAGCCUACUGCAAAGAUGUCCUCAGAUCAAUUGGUGUGGCUUUACACAAUAAUGAUUACUGCCACUGUGGUGAAGCUGGCACUAUGGCUUUAUUGUAAAAGGUCAGGAAACAAGAUUGUCCGUGCCUAUGCAAAGGAUCACUAUUUUGAUGUGGUAACAAAUGUAGUAGGAUUAGUUGCAGCUGUUCUUGGUGAUGAGUUCUACUGGUGGAUAGACCCUACUGGUGCUAUUUUACUUGCCAUUUACACAAUUUCAAAUUGGUCUGGAACUGUCAUGGAAAAUGCAGUUUCACUUGUUGGACAAUCAGCCCCUCCUGAAGUCCUGCAAAAGUUGACAUAUCUUGUCAUAAGGCAUCCUCAAGUUAAGCGCAUUGACACUGUCCGCGCUUACACCUUUGGCGUUCUUUACUUUGUAGAGGUUGACAUUGAACUCCCGGAAGAGUUGCCUCUUAAGGAGGCACAUGCAAUUGGAGAAACUUUGCAGAACAAAAUUGAGAAACUGCCAGAAGUCGAAAGGGCUUUUGUACAUCUUGACUUUGAGUGUGAACACAAACCAGAGCACUCUGUUCUCAGCAGGCUGCCCAAUAGUUCAGAUUAGUAUUACAUAAAUGUUUAUUUAUAUUUUUUGAGGAGUUUUGUGUAAUAGAAAUAGAGAAUUUCUCAUGAAGAAAGGUCUUGUACAAUGCAGAUGAUGACUCAAAUAGCUGGUCAUGUACCUUUCUCCUUGGAGGUUCAAACGGAGGCCCCUUUAUUUCCAUUAA